AUGAUCAAACCGAAGGAAUUGAAUCAGCAUGGUGGCGGCGGCGACGGCAACGGUUAUGGUAAUGGUGACGGUGGCUGCGAUGGUGGUAGUAGUGGUGGGGGGUGGCAUUGGCGGGGUGGUGGUGACGAUAGUGGUUGUGACGAUGGUGGUGGUAAUAGUGGCGAUGAUGGUGGCGACGGUGGUAGUCGUGGUCGCGAUGAUAAUGGUAAUGGUUGUGGACUUGUGGUGGUGGUGGUGGUGACGGUAGUCACUGCAGCAAUGGUGGUGGUGACGUUGAUUUUUUGUGUGUCAAUGGCGAUAACCCAAUGUUCACUGAGGCUAGCCAACCUCAUGUUUCAAGUAGGGAGAAAUUUCGCUAUGUUUAUGGCGAUGGUGAUCAUGUGCAAUAUUUUACAUUUUAUAUUAAAGCCUUAUAAACAACCUCGCAUUACUUCUGAUUUAAUUGUAGGACUAAUUAUGGGCAAUGUACCUUUUUUACGUAGGCUAUAUGGGGAAUUCAAUCGUAACUUCGAAAUCAUCAUUGAUUUUGGUAUGAUGUGUUACAUGUUUACUUUGGGAAUAGAAAUGGAUCCUUAUGUACUCUUCAAACGACCAACUAGGGAUGUUAAAGUUGCUUAUGCAGGAAUAAUAUCAACGUUCAUUCUAGCACUUUCCUUAAUACCAAUUCUACAUUACUUUGGAAGCAACCAUGGACUAAAAUUCACCUUUUGCUAUUGUAUUCUCCUUUCUAGCACAGCAUCCCCAGUUCUGACCCGUCUAAUAACUCAACUCAAAAUAGGAAAGUCUGAUAUUGGGAAGCUUGUCAUAGCAGCAGGGAUGCACUCAGAUUGCAUGUGCUCUUUACUUCUUUCACUUGGCUACAUUUUUAUGCCAUUGGAUACAUUUUGCACUGAUCCUGAAGAAAAGCAUCGUGUUGAUACGGCCAUUGCAAUGGGGUGUGCAGUUCUUGGACAGACAUUGUUCACAGCCAUGGUUUCACCAAUUUUUAUGAACUGGGUCAACAAUGAAAACCCUGAAGGGAAACCCAUGAAAGGUUCACACCUGGUACUGUCAAUAGCCUUCAUGAUCAUGAUUUGUGCCUCCUCAACUCUAUACAAUUAUAGUCCAAUUCUAAGUGCUUUUAUGACAGGGGUUUGUUUUCCCCGGGAGGGCAGAGUUUCCAAAUGGGUUAUUAGCAAAAUCAACUAUAUGCUGAACAUUAUCUUCUUUCCCAUCUUUUUCUUGUGGGUGGGGUGCGCAUCUGAUUUCAGGAAGUUCGAGUUUGGACAGCUAGUAACAUGGUUAAGAUUAUUACUAUCCAUGUUUGUACUUAUAAUAGGUAAAGUUGCCGGAACAGUUAUUUCUGGGGCAAUGCUUGGCUUUCACUGGCCUGAUUCAGUUGCAAUUGGAUUGCUGCUCACCAUCAAGGGCCAUUUUCAUAUGUACUUGGCUAUCAAAGUGAUGGGUUGUGGCAUCAGCAGUAUUUCCACCAGCAUUGGUAUGGUAAUUACAGUAUUUAUCUCACUGAUGCCUGCCCCCAUAGUUGUGGCACAUAUCAUCAAACGUGCCAGGAAGAGGGUACCUACUCAUCGCAUGGCCCUGCAAUUGCUUGACCCAUUAAGUGAGCUAAGGGUACUCCUGUGCGUUCAUGGACCUGAGAAUGUUCCUGCUUCCAUCAACUUCAUGGAGAUCUCAAGAGGGACAGCAGACCCUGGCAUUCUAGUAUAUGUUGCAGAAAUGAUUGAACUAACUGAUCAAUUAGCAGCCUCAGUAGAGAAGGGUGAAGAAGUACAUACAACAAUUGUGAAAGACCAGGAAGUGAUGGAGAUGAGAGACCAAAUAACCAGCUCGUUUCAAGCCUAUGUAGAUGAAGAUGGUGAUGGUAUUACUCUGAAAAGAACAUUGGCAGUGUCCACAAUCAAUAACAUGGCACAGGAUAUCAGUGUUUUAGCAGAGGACUUGAUGAUUACCCUCAUCAUACUACCAUUCCACAUGAACCAGCGUCAGGAUGGAAAAUUGGAUAGUGGCAAUCAAGGGUUCAGAUAUGUGAACCGAAAGGUAUUGAGGAGUGCUCCUUGUUCCGUGGGGAUUCUAGUGAACAGAGGAUUUGGAUCCAUUGCAAAGAUAUCAAAGUCACAGGCAUCAGUGAAUGUGGCAGUGAUAUUCAUAGGUGGAAAAGAUGAUAGAGAAGCACUUGCUUAUGCAGGUCGUGUAGCAGGGCAUCCAGGAGUAAAACUCACAGUAAUAAGAUUCCUGGUAGAUACGAGUGCAGAAUCAUCAAAAUUAGCAGCUUACAGGGUUAGCCUUCCAGAGCAAGAGGAGGAGAUGGGGAUGGAUGAUGAAUACUUUGCACAGUUCUAUGAAAAGCAUAUAGUUGGAGGUCGUAUUUCCUAUACUGAGAAACAUCUUGCAAAUGCAGCUGAGACCUUCUCCACUCUCAGAUCAUUUGAAGGGCAAUACUCACUGGUCAUUGUAGGAAGAGAAGGUGGAGUGAACUCUAUAUUAACAAAGGGGAUGAAUGACUGGCAGCAUUGCCCAGAACUUGGACCAAUAGGUGAUGUUCUUUCAGGAUCAGACUUCUCAAUGACAGUCUCUGUAUUGAUAAUCCAACAACACAAACUUAGAGGAGAAUUAGAUGGCCUUGAUGAUGACUUCUCUAUUAUGUAGCUGUAGAUGCAUAGGUAGCCUAGACCUAGAGGUAGAUGCUAAUUGUAGCAAGGACAGAAAAUUGCACAUUGUAAAGAUAAAAUGUAAAAUUUGAUAAGAGGUUUUACCAGAACGUUACAAUAAAUAGAGUGCAUUCAGCGAUAAUGUCUCCAAAGGCAUGCCAUAAGUGCAUUGGUACACUUCAUCCUUAAUGGGUUUGAAAAAAAUAGCUUCCACAAAUUUCAGUAGAGAAGCAAAAAGGAAAAAUUAAAUCAUCAGAUUAGCCCCAUAAUCACAUGUCUCCGUACACUUCAAAGGUUGAUUAUUGGAAUAAUACUAAAAACAACUAAAUGCUUAUAUUUUCUAAAAGAAAAUUUUAACUUAAUAUAAUAAACUACAAAAAGUAAAACCCCUGCCAACAAUGCCCUCAACAAAAGGCGCAGAAUUGCAUAUCUAUGACCAAAUC